CAAGAUGGCGGCGGCGCGGGCUGGCUCGACCCUCCGGGGUGGGAGUUCCUGAGGGCUGGACUUUAGAACUAUGAGCUCACCUCUGGCCUCUCUUAGCAAGACUCGGAAAGUGCCUCUGCAGUCAGAGCCUGUGAAUCUUGGGAGGCGAGGGAUACGAAUCUACGGAGGUGAAGAUGAAGUAGACAUGCUGAAUGAUGGAAACGACUCCCAAGAAAAGAUCUGUGUCCCUUCCUGCUAUGGUGGCAUCGGAAGUCCCGAGGGUAGGCAUGGGUCUUCCUUCCAUGACUCGGAGCUGAUGACAUCCAUGGCGAUGAAGCUGCAGAGCCUGGAGCAGCAGGUGAAGGACCAGAAUGAUGAGAUACUGUCCAAGGACCAGAAGAUCCUGGCCCUGGAGAACUUGGUGCAGAACCUCCAACAGCACCAGGGCGGGCUGUCCAGACAGCAGCAGGAGGAGCUGGAAGCCACCUGUAUGCAGCUGCAGCGGCAGGUUAGGGAGAUGGAGCGCUUCCUCAAUGACUAUGGCCUGCAGUGGGUGGGAGAGCCCAUGGACCAGGAGGACUCUGAGAACAGGACAGCCCCAGAGGAUGAUGGGCAGGCCUGGAUGACAGCCAAGAAAUUCUGGAAGCCAGGGGAUUCACUGGUGCCCCCUGAGGUGGACUUUGACAGGCUGCUGGCCAGCCUUCAGGAACUCAGUGAGCUGGUAAUGGAGGGGGAGCCCCAGGUGCUACCCGUGCCCGGUGGGGCUCGGCUCAAAGUCCUGGAGCCCAUCCCACUGAAGCUCUACCGCAAUGGCAUGAUGAUGUUCGAUGGGCCCUUCCGGCCUUUCCACGAUCCCUCCACACAGCGCUACCUCCGGGACAUAAUGGAUGGCUUCUUCCCCUCAGAACUCCGGCGGCUGUACCCCGAUGGGGUCCCCUUCAAGGUAAGCGACCUGCGUGAUCAGGUCUACCCGGAGGAUGGGCUGGGUCCAUUCCCAGGUGAGGAACGUGUAGUGGGCUGGCAGAGGAUGCCCAAGACCCUAGACAGGAUGGAGGAGCACCCAGGCUCCAGGCUGACUGCUGAGAAAUUUCUGAGCAGGCUCCCCAAGUGUGUGAUCCGACAAGGCGAGGUGGUUGACAUCCGGGGCCCCAUCAGGGACACCUUACAGAACUUCUGUCCAUUGCCUACCCGGAUCCAGGAGGUCAUAGUGGAGACACCUGCUUUGGCUGCUGAGCGGCAGAGGAGCCUGGAAUCCCCCAGCAUGCCCGCGCCCCCACUCACCACACUGCGCAUCAGGUCUGAGAACGGGGAGCAGGCCUUCCUCCUGAUGAUGCGGCCCGAGGACACUGUGGGAGAUGUGCGAGCCCUGCUAGCCCAGGCCAGGAACAUGGAUGCUGCCGCCUUUGAGAUCUUCAGCACGUUCCCGCCCAUGGUCUACAGCGAUGAUGCACUCACACUGCAGGCUGCAGGCCUGGUGCCCAACUCCACAUUGCUGUUGCGGACACCCAGAACCCAGCUGGCCAACCCCAACUUUGUUUCAGGCUCUGGCCCCAAAUAAAGUGCCACCAUGAGCUCUA